CUAGGGCGAAACCAGGGAGGGAGGGAGCUCAGGCUGCUGCGCAGGCCCUCAGGCCCCUCCUCCCAGGAUUACGGCUGGAGCCGAGGACAUGCCGGGCUUGAAGAGAUACGAAGUGGCGCUGGAGCAGAAGAGGAGAUCUAUUGGGGCUGUUUUUACUUCUUCCCUUGGUUGCGGAUGUGGCGAAGGGAAAAGAGCGCAGCACCCCCACAGGGGCAGAAGCUGGAACCCCUUCCCCGCCUAGUGAGCUGCCUAUCCAGGGGCUUGGGCCCCCACCCCUCCAGGCGAAGCAGUCCCCGCCGUCCGGCAGUGCCGCCCCGGGGGACCCAACAAGCAUCAGUCUAUGGCGCCGGGGCCCAGCCGCUUCCCAGCAGUGCCGUGGAGAAUGCCCCAUUAAGGGGUCACCGAUCAGUAUCACCGAUCGCCCUCCUCAGUGAUUCCCCAGUUACAUUACCCCUAGACCCCAGCAUUUCAUGCUGCACCCAAGUGUAUCGAAGGAAUCUCCCCAGUAAACUACUUCGGAAUGUCUUCAAGGUAGAACUACAAGAGGCCAAUGGCGACUGUCAUAUACAGGCUUAUGUGCUGCACCGAAAUCACGGACGACCUGUUUGUGUUCACCCAAAGAACCGUUCCCUUGCUCGGUGGGUUGUCCCGAAACAAGAUGAGGCAGAAGAAUCAUGGUCCUAGGCCCAGGCUCAACCCAACUCCCUAACUCCCCAACCCCACUCCAUUUCCUCCAGUCUCCUGUGAGGACUGAUGGAUUUCAGUUCAGGUCUUUUUCCUUAAAAACCCAACCCCAUAUAUUGCCUAACCCCCUGGGGUGGAGGGUCAGUCAUUUCCUUAGAGACCCAUGGUGGGGAGAGAGCAAGUGGAGGCUAUGGCUGAGCUCUUCACAGGAACCAGGAAUUCAGCCCCUGUGGACCAGACGUGCUAGAAAGCAAGCCCUCUACCCACUGCCUUCAGGUAACUCUCUUCCCCUAAUAAAGAUGAGCCGACAGAAGCCUCUGGUAGCUCAAAAUAUCAGGGAUGA